AUGGCCGAUCGAGUUUCAUCCAGUAUACUAGCUGAGCUGGAAGCCCAGGCACUAAGUGAUCCUCAGCUUCCACGAGCGAACCCUACAGUCGCAACAUGGCAACUACCACCUCACCCGACGCUGUCAGAGAUCCAGUCUGAAAGCUUACUCAAGACCACCGACUAUGCCAUCAUUGGAUCCGGGGUCACGGGGUGCAGUGUAGCCAAGACGUUAUUUGAGCAAGCACCGUCCUCGUCGCACCCAUUCUCGGUGACGGUGUUGGAGGCUCGGACGCUGACGAGCGGUGCCACGGGUCGCAACGGUGGCGUCCUGACCUCGUUCGUGCCGGGCGACUACAAGCUCCUCAGUGAGCGUUUCGGCCACGAACAAGCCGUCAAGAUUGCACGGUACGCCAACAGCACGCUGGAGAAGAUGCAUGCGUUGGGAAACUCCUCGGACGAGCUUCGACGCGUCAGUGAAGUAAGACGGCUCCAGGACGUUGUUUGCUUCGAAGACAAGGAAUCUUUCGAACAAGCCCUGGAGUCGUACCGUCUGUACGAAGAGCAUGUACCUGAAGAACGCGGCACGAUUAGGAAAUUGACUCCUCAAGAAGCCGAGAAGGAAUACAACGUCCGAGCAGCAGCCGGGGCCGUCGUCGCUCCUAACGGCGCAUUCUGGCCAUACCGCCUCAUCACCAACAUCUGGGCCCAACUACAUUCCGAAUACCACUCCCGGCUGUCCAUCGAGACCAAGACACCCGUGACAGAAAUCACAUACGACGCCAACACCAACAAGACACACCCGUAUAUUCUCCACACACCCCGAGGCGAGCUCCGCGCGGCGAAAGUCAUCCACGCCACCAACGGUUACACAGGCCACCUCGUUCCGGAACUCAGGGGCAAGAUCUUCCCCGUCCGCGGGACCAUGUCGACGCAGAAGUCUACCCCGGAGUUUGGACGCCACGGCCAUGCUCUGUCCUGGAGCAUCGUCAACAGCGGCAGCUACGACAGCGUGUCUCGCACGAUGGAGCUCGGGCUGUACUACGGCUGCCAGAACCCUCACACGGGCGACAUCUUUGUGGGCGGCGAAAGGGCCAAGGUCGACGAAAUGCUCGUCGGCGACGACACGCAGGUUGGCGAUUCGUGCGCCGAAAACAUCUCCAACGUCCUCCCGCGCCUCUUCACGAAGGGGUGGGAAGGAGAAGGGACCAAGUCCUACGUCAUCAGGACUUGGUCGGGCAUCAUGGGGUUCACGGCCGACCGCCUGCCGCUGGUCGGGUCGCUGCCCGUGGGCGUCACCAAGCGAGGGGUGGAAGGAGGAGAGUGGAUCGCCGCGGGGUUCAACGGGUACGGAAUGCCCCUGUGUUGGUCUUCGGGCGAGGCGGUAGCGAAGAUGCUGCUGGGGAUCAACGUGAGUGGCUUUCUGCCCGAGACCUUCUUGGCUUCUAGAGAGAGGUUGGUGGACGACGUUGAGAAGCGCAUGGCGGUUGUGCCUGCUCUGCAGUUGUUGGUCGGCGGACAUCCAUGA